AUGGAGGUCAUGGAAGUCACGGAAUCCGCGAUUUCCAGAGAUCUCCGUGACAUUCUCUGCUUCAGCCCCAGGGGCUGCGGGACUCUGGUGCUGGCAGCCAGCGAGGCCCUGGCAGGGUUCCAGCGACAGGCAACAGCAGCGACAAGCGACGGUGGGGGGCACCUGCAAAGUUCCAGCGAUAGGUGUGUGGAAGUCUUUUACAUUUACUUUCAUGCGGGGAGAUUUGAAGAGCCUUAUGUCAGCAUCACCAAGAAGAGGCAGAUGCCUAAAGAUGGACAUUCAGAAGAAGUUGAGAAGGAAGUGGGCCAGGCUGAAGGCAAACUGUUUACACAUAGAUCUGCAUUCAGCAGGGCAUCUGUGAUCCAGGCUUUCCUCGGCUCAGCGCCUCAGCUGACACUUCAGCUGUAUAUAUGUGUCCUGCAGCAGGAGAUCACAGCAGCUAGAAGCAUCUUCAUGGUCCUUUCUCUGCUGUCGAUUGUAUAUGGUGCAUUACGCUGCAACAUCCUCGCCAUUAAGAUUAAGUAUGAUGAUUAUGACAUCAGCGUGAAAGCUGCAGCCUACCUCUGCAUAUUCCUCUGGAGAAGCUUUGAGAUUGCCACCCGGGUUGUAGUCCUGGUCCUUUUCAGUUCUGUGCUUCAAAUCUGGGUCCUGCCUGUGGUGCUCCUGAAUUUCUUUGGCUUUUUCUUUUACCCCUGGAUUCUCUUUUGGCAAAGCAAGUCCCCUUUCCCUGAAAACAUAGAGAAGGCUUUGACCAGGGUGGGCACGACCAUUGUACUGUGCCUCCUCACCUUCUUGUAUGCUGGUAUUAACAUGUUCUGCUGGUCAGCAGUGCAGCUGAAGCUAAAUGAUCCUGACUUAAUUAACAAAUCCCAAAAUUGGUACCGACUGGCUGUAUAUUAUAUGCUAAGGUUCAUUGAGAAUUCCUUCCUCCUCCUGCUGUGGUAUGUCUAUAAAACAGACGUCUACCUGUACGUGUGUGCCCCUUUAUUAGUCUUGCAGCUGCUGAUUGGCUAUUGCAUGGCCAUCCUGUUCAUGCUGGUGUUCUACCAGUUCUGCCACCCAUGCAAAAAGCUCUUCUCAUCCAGUAUUUCAGAAGGUUUGCUGUCGUGUUUCAAGUACCUCUGCUUUGCUUGCAAACCGCCUAAGGCCGCCACGCCUGUGGAUAAGGCAGACUUGAAAUCACCGGAUGGUAUUGGUGAUGAUGCACAGGCCAGUUAUAAGACAAAUGAGUCUCAGAAUGGGAAUCCGCAUCAGAGUGUUUCUUCCAAUGCGUAA